CCCAGCUGUGCUGAAAACAAAACAAGACAGGCUGCGACUGCAUCAUGAUGGAUGAGCUGGUGCAGGACCUGGUGUCUGCACUGGAGCAGACCUCAGAGCAGAGUAAACUGGGGGAGCUGUGGGAGGAAAUGGUUCUGAGUCCACUGCACCAGCGCAGGCAGAUCCGCCGACGCAGAGGCCGCAAGCGCCAUCAUCGCGAUUCCUCCCUCUACCCGCUGGAGCACAGACGCUGCUGGAUUGAGGCCUCAGAGUCCAGCUUGGACGAGGCUUCUAAAAACUACAGGGGGAGCACUCGCUCAGCCUUCACAGCCUCUGUGGCCAACUGCAGUGACUCUGACGAUAUGACCGCAAACAACCAGUGGCACUCCCUCAUGAGAGGAGGCCCGGCCAGGACUAGGCAGCCCUCCUGGCCGGAGUCUGACUCCUUCACUGAGAAUAAUCCGGGGCGGCCACUCAGGAGGCGGAAGAAGGUCAAACGUAUGACCUCAGACGUCACGGUCAGGUUACAGCAGAAGUUAAAGGUUUCUGGUGUGGAUGGAAAACAGAGGCACAGGCCGUCUAGGAUGCAGCAUCUUUCAGGGUCCAAGAAUAGGUCUGGUGGUUGGGGGGGAGCAGACAGGCAGACUGAAGGAGCCAGGCUGAUGGGAAAGGAGCGCUGGAAGAGGAAGAUCACACUGGAGGCCAAGGAACACAGAGAUGGUGCAGAUGAGAACAUGUCUGAGGGUGAAACCAGCAGUACAUGCAGCAGUGAUCCUGGCCUUUUCACCAAUGAUGAGGGGAGGCAAGGUGAUGACGAGCAGAGUGACUGGUUCUUUGAGGGGGACUGUGGAGUCGGGUCAGGUGUGGCCAGCCUGCUACCCAGCUGGGAUUCAGACAAUCAGCUCUCCCUCGAGGAUAACCGCCCAUCUCCUACCUUCCUGCAACCUGCACGGCCCUCACAGAGAGGGUAUCAUUCGCGUCUUAAACGCCUGCCUGGCACCGCUGCCUGCUGCAUCAGGAAGGAUAGGAGGAGGCCUCCCAGCAAGGGCAACCGCAUGCCAGUGUUCGUAGAGAGGCUGAGACACUUUUCUCAAGAUCCUUACCAGAGAGACUUUUGGCUGCCUCCUGUUGGAAAACGAGACCGAAGCCAAUUGAACCCUCUGUGCGCAUUACCCGUGUGUCCCAUUGACAUGGUGUCAGAGAGCCCCCGUCUCAGAUGUUCCUCCUCAGUCUGCAGAAACAGGCAGACUAAUGUCACUCCGGGACUGUUAUGCACAGGAGACAUCGGGAGGAGGAGGAGGAAAACAGAAGCUUUGUCUGUCACAACAUCAGCCAACAACCCAUUUCAUAAGGAUCACCAGAAAGAAGAGGCACAGGGAGCCAGUAACACCUCAACCCUAGAGGCUGUGGUGGCCUCAGGGGCAUUGAAUGCAGCAGGUUCACAGUCUCCUACUUCUGUGAAGCCUGAGAGUUUAUCUUUCUCCCAGGGGGACCAUGAGGACACCUGAACGAAGGAUAAGCACGCCUGAGCCUGGAAGAACAUAACAAAGGGAAAGCCUGAAAAUAUCAGCGCUAAAAGUCUUGCUGCACAAACUUUAUGACAAAAAAAAAAACACAAAGCACUUCAUUACUCCUCAAAUCAGCAUGUUACUGCUAGAUCCAGUCUUUGUAGGUAGUAUAUUAAGCAUGACAAAUGUUAAUGCAAUCAAGCCUUGUUAAACCCUCCGCCAUCUCCUCAAAUAAGAAGGUGGUUUCAAGAGGCUCCUUGUUUGACUCAAGACUCUGCAGCUCCUUCUGUUUUUACACACAGUCUCCAGGCCACCUGCUACCACACAAUCUAACAAUUAUGUCCACUCUAGUAGCACAGCGUUUGUCAGCAGGAACACUGAGAGAGGAUGGUCAGUCGAGGCUGGGUGGCCGAUGGGGGGGGGGGGGGGGGGGUGUCAGGGGGUUGCUCUGCUUUACGCCAGCCAACAAUGGACGUGCAGCAGUGUGUACAGUCGCUAGCUCAGAAACAGGAGAGCAUCAGAAUGUUUAGCUACCACAUGCUGCUACAAGGUUCAGAGAGGCGACCACCGGUAGAGAGCCACACAAAGUACAGGCCUCCUAUUAGCAUGUAUUUGAAAAGCUACAGUUUUUACAAGGGUGCUCAUUAGCACAACACAGAGGGAGGGCCGCCUCUGUUCUCUUCAGCUUACCUUCCAUAUUCAAAUUUACCCAAACGUAUUUAAGUUCAAGGCCAGCCGCAAACCUCUUUGAACACUGUUUUUCCAGCAGUGGUAGGUGAGUUGCUCCUGGAACUGUGCAGAGAGCGAACGAGAGCCAGCAGAGAGGAGUUGGAGAAGCUCUUGGAGACAGGAGAGGAGAGUCGUACAUUGUAUUUUCACCUACCCUUGGGGUAUACAUUUCCCCAGCUCCCUCUGCAUCAGAUGCAUUAUAAGAUCAAUGGCAGCAUACAGUUAAAUCAGACACAGCUGUUCUCACCAAACUGGUAAACAAGCACUAUUUUCAGAAAAAUGUAUUUUUAUGUGGGAGUCAAGUGAUGUAUUCUGCUUGACCUGAACCAUGUGGGUAAUAGCUGUUGUAGUCUUUAAAAACUUAAACCUAUACUCCUGCUCAUGUUCAAAUCUUGAAAGGGUAUUUGACAGUGAAAUGUAGACUUUAAUUUAGACAACAGAGUAAUUUUUUCCCCCAGAAAAAAAUUAUCUGAAAUCCUCCCAGCAGCAAAAAGAACAGACAUGCACUUUGUGUAAUGACUACAAGAUACCUUUUUAGUGAAAUGAACUGGAUUAUCAGCCACAUAUCGCAUGUCUUUGCAGACACUUUAAAGCCUUAUUUAAGAGAAUAGUCGCAUUUAGUAGAAUGAGAUUUGCCAAUUAACGUGAGUUAUAUGUCUGCAAUAAUCCGUCUGAGAAGGCUUUAUGUGAUCAUGUUGGCCAGGGAUGACAUUUAUAAAUGCUGUGUGUGCACACUCGUCUAAAUGGAUGCCUCACACAAGACAUCCUGCCACAGGAAUCAGUCAAAGUGUUGAGGCUGAGACACCACCCGCCCACCCCCUUCCACUGCUUCUGCUGCUGCAGCUUGACCAGGGAGUCCAGCUACCAAUGGAGUCUUUCUGGGUAACGCCGUGCCAGGAAUACACCCCUGAUUGAGAACUGAGAAUAGUACAAAUUGAGGUUCGUAAUUAGAAAAAAGAAGCUUCUGAUAAAUACCUUGAUGGCUGCUUCAAGACAUAUGUCCCUGAACACGCUGACAGGUAUUGACUGUGUAGUGUUUUAAGGAGAGCUUCUGGCCGUUGCCUUAUCCGUCAGUCUGUGUUUUGGUGCCAAGGAAUUGACAAUAGGGGAAGAUGCAUCAGUUCACAUAUGGUGUCAUUAGUAUCAGGAGGGGAAUACCUCACAUGCCUCCAUGGUAAUUAGCAGUCACCAUAAUGACAUCUUAGCCAGACCGUAUGCCCCAAAAUGAAUUUCCAAUGGCCAGGAAGUGGGGGAAUGGCUUCCGUGCAGCCAGUCAAUUGCCCUGUUACAGUUAAGGAAUUCAGCAGGCUGGUACCACUCAUAUUUCAUCCCAGGUAAAGAUUACCUGUCAGGCCCAUGGGAGAUGUAUUGAUCUGUUUUCCUUUUUCUGCCAGCAAUCACCUGACAAAGGCACCUAGGAGGCGAGUGAAUGAGUGAUGCCUGGUCUGUCUGCUCCACCGUGGUGGCUCCUAGUGUCCACUGAUGGGUGGAGGGGGGUGAUGAGGAAGAGGUGAGAUAAUGCAGUCAUAAACUCUGUUUGAACCUCCUCUGUAUGCAUGCAGGGCAGCCUCUUUGUCCCCCGGGUCACAGGUCAGCGGGGAAUUUGCUUUUUUUGGGCUCCUUUCUUGUCAGCUGCGUUUGUUCUGCUGUGUAGUGUGUAGUGAUUAUAGAAACACAUUCAAAAGAAGCCCUCUGGUUCCUGCUGACAAAUGCAUGUUGUGAGUCACGGUAGUUCAACUCACUUUGGAUUUCAGAAGUGAUCUGGUUUGAUGUGGGCACCCCUCCCACAACGAAAUCCAGCCUUGUGUGGUCUCAGGGUUUCCUGCAACUGUCAGAAUGGUGAUACUGCACUAGCAAUGAUCAAUAACUUUUACAUUAUCUCAUUUUUUCUUGGCAGCUAAACAUAUUUAUAUAUUUGCCUUGUUCAUUGAAAUGUUGAUGUUAUCCAUCAAGCCAUGCGUUUAAAGUGAUUGCACUGUUUAAAAUGUGUAGUAUUUAUGAUGUGAUGCAUAAUUAUAGGUCCAUUAAUUGAGGAUUUAGGUCUGAGGACAUUAAAUUCAAUUUCAUGAUAGAUAGUACGGUAGAUAUGUCUCUAAUUUUUUUAUUAUCGUAUUUUUUAAUUUCAUGUACAAGGAUUUAAAUAUAUCUCCCUGAUAUCAGGGCUCUUAGGCAGCUAUCCACAUUUGAUACGUAGUACAAAUAGCAUCUUAUCUCAUGGGCUGUUAUCUUUAUAUUUAAUAGUAGUGAAGGCAUGCCUAAUUGCUUUGCAAAUGAUCUAAAGAGGAUCACUCCUCGCUUAGAAAACCUGCACAGUGUCACUAGAUGUUAGUGAGACACUUCAAUUACAAUGGUAAAACUUAAUCAAACCUGCUGUGCAGCGUUUAUGCAGUUCUGUUUUUCUUGAUCAUAUGUUCUUGAUCAAAAUAACUGUCAGUAUGAGGUGGACAUGUUUGAUUAGACUAUUCCAGAUAAGAAGCUGUUUUAAGAAACUGUUGUAGGUCUGUUAAAAAUGCCAUUUGUGUGUCUUCAAAAGGAUUUUGGGAAUUUUUAAAGAGGAUGUAUGUCUUGCCUAUAUGUCAUAUGUAUGAUAAUAAUCAUUCUUGUAUGUCAUGAGUAUUUAUAGAAAAAUGUGCAGUAUCUAUUUAUUCCAAAUACUGAAUUUGUGUGCAAUAAAUGAGUUUUGGUGAUCUUGA